AUGCUGCCGUCUUGCAUGGAAACAUCCUUUCCGCCAUUUCGAAAUUCAACGGAAAAUCGUCAAAUUCUCCUUCAGAAGCCCCUCAUAGCGCCCACAAGACAUUUUUCUAGUCACAAUACAACCAAACCCCCAUCGGAAUCAUUAAAUGACUUCCGUGCACGUGAGGAAGCGCGUGAGGCUCAAUUUGAGGAGGAGCAUCGUGCGCAGGAGGUAGAAAAUAAAGCCACAGAAGAGACUGUCGAUGAGGACGUGGAGAAGACGAAUAGGGUGCGGGAGGACAUCCUCAGGGCUUCGCUGGAAUUUGCCCCAAGUAUCGGAUGGACACGGGAAGCUAUAACAAAGGGUGCUGAGAGUAUUGGGUAUCCGGGGGUGGCGCACGGGAUGUUCCCCGAUGGUGGGGUUGAGCUCAUUCAGUAUUUCUACACGGACUGCAAUGCCCAGCUCGUGGAGUGGCUUAAAAAGGAGACAGAAGGCAUGGAGAAGGUCCCAAAUCCGACUGAGUUUAUCUGUCGCGCCAUUGAGACUCGCCUAAGGAUGCUACAGCCAUACCUAUCGACAUGGCCGCAAGCCAUUGGGAUACUCUCUCUGCCACAAAAUGCUCCCAAAGCUCUCGCCAACUUACUCGCUCUUGCCGAUGAUAUUUGUUUCUAUUCAGGAGAUAAAUCCGUAAAUAUUACUUGGUACACUAGACGCGUGGGUGUUGCAGGAAUUAUCAAAAUCACAGAGCUCUACAUGCUACAGGAUAAAUCUGUGGAUCAUCAGGCAACGUGGAAGUUCCUCGAGAGACGCAUGGAUGAUGCAGUGUUCCUCCAUUCAUUCUUCACGCAGUCGGAGGAAGCUAAAAAUCACAUGCAGAAAGCCAUAACGACCGCCAUUGAAACCUCUAAUAUUACGGAAUAA